UGAGUGCAGAGUGACUGCACAUGCAGGCGAACCCUUGAAGGGUUCCGGUCCUUAGUAGUAGCAGCUUGCGUAGUGUAUUUUUGAUGAACACAAUUGCUUACGUACACAGCCGUUCAAUCCCAAUCUUCUCUGAUCAUGUCCACUAUCCUUGCAACACAAGUCAGAAAGCACGCCAAGGGCCCAGCGAAGGCGGCAGGGCGAUACUGGAAGGGCAGGGCACCAAAGGGUGCUGAAAUUGCCUCGGACUCGGAUGAAGAUGAGGAACAACAGGCAGAACAGGAUGUGCCCGUCGCCGGGGAGCAUGAGUCCCCAAAGGUUGGCGACGAGGACAGCGAACCCGACAGCUUCCCGACCAAGACCUCUGUAGUUAGGAGCGCAAAAAUCAACGUAGCUCUCAAAGACGUUCAGAUAUCACGCGACGGAAAGGUCAUUGUUGCUGAUCGCGUGGAGUCGGUCGAAGAAGAGUUCGAGGAGGAAAGUAUCGAAGAAGAAGAGUCUAGCGAAGAAUCAGAGUCAGAGGAUGAGAAACCCGCGCUUAUAUUCAGACCGGUCUUUGUACCUAAACGGGGGCGGACCACAAUAGCAGAGAGAGAUGCUAUUAAUCAAGAAGUGGAGGAGAUGGAACGGCGACGGGAGCUGGCUGCAGAAGAGAGGAAGAAAGAAAGUCACGACCUUGUUGCGGAAAGCAUCAAACGAGAGUUGGCAGAAAGGGAGAAAGAAGACAGCGUUCCUGAUGUCGAUGAUACUGAUGGAAUCGACCCUGAGGGAGAGUUUGAGGCGUGGAGGUUGCGGGAACUUGGAAGGAUCAGGCAGGAGAAGGAGGAGGAACUCCGACGGGAAGAGGAAAGGGAAGAGAUCGAACGGAGGCGCGCCCUACCGGAGGAACAGCGACUGAAGGAAGAUCUGGAGCGGGCGAAAAAGUCAAGGGAGGAGAAGCCACAGGGAAAACAGAAAUUCCUCCAAAAAUAUUGGCAUAAGGGUGCAUUCCACCAGGAUGAUGACAUCCUCAAAAGACACGACUACACGGAAGCUACGGAGUCUACUGUGGACGUAUCGAUGCUGCCCAAGGUGAUGCAAGUGAAAAAUUUCGGAAAGCGCAGCCGGACCAAAUACACGCAUCUUCUUGACCAAGAUACUAGUGCAGGGGCCGGUGGUUUUGGUGGGGUAGGUUCGAUCAGGUCAGGUGGUUUUUCGACAGAUGGGGGUGGCUGUUUUCUGUGUGGUGGACCACAUCUUAAAAAGGACUGUCCCCAAAACAUGGCACCAAGCUUUGUGCGAGGACUGGCGACCUACAGUCAACCCGACAUGCGACAUCAAGGUGCCAGGCGUGAUCGUGAUCGCAAUGAGGACGAUCGUCUCCCGACAAAGAAAGGCGAAGUUCGGCGUCUAGAUAGUGACGAUAGGCACUAUAAUCCGAGUUCUCGGAGACGACAGUCACCGCCUAGUUCGCCAUACGGGGCCAGCCGGACAGUCAAGGAUCAAGGGCACGCCCGGGAUGAUUGUGGCACAAAGCGCCGCCGCCUAGAUUAGCUAUAUUACAAUAAUCCGCUGUGUGAUUGUAUAUCUCAUGUUUCUGUCAUCCCAUCGAUAACCUUAUCUCCUAUCGACAUCUCUAAUC